AUGUCUGCCGAAGACACGGGUAGCAGUGUCACCGUCUCUUGCGAACUCGGCAACGACUACGAUGGCCGCCUAGGUCUUCGCAUAAGCUCCAUCUUUGUCAUCUUGAUCGGCAGUCUCCUGGGCGCAGUAGUCCCCAUCGCGCUUGCUAGGUCCAAGCGCAUGCGAGUGCCCAAGACGGCCUUCUUCAUCGCAAAGUACUUUGGCUCUGGCGUCAUCAUAGCCACGGCCUUCAUCCACCUCCUCGCUCCCGCAAACGAGGCGCUUGGCUCAGAAUGUUUCCCAGACGACUCUGCCAUCAAGGCUUAUUCAUGGCCUGAGGGCAUCGCUCUUAUGACUGUGUUUUCGAUGUUUUUCAUCGAGUUGCUGGCGAGCAGGUUUGAGUGGAACCUCAAGGGUGGGCACAGCCACGACCCAUCGAUGGAGUUUAUGUCACCGUCCCUUAAGAAAGGAGGCGACGAGGAAACUGGAAGCGCACAGGGCAACACUACCAAUGCUUCAGCCGGCAACCAAGACUCCGGCUUCACUAGCGAGGUCACCUACCCACCCGGAGGCGAGGACCACCUUGGCCACAAGCGCGAACACGUCGACCCCGAAUCCUUUGCCGCGCAGAUGACGGCCCUGUUCAUCCUGGAGUUCGGCGUCAUCUUCCACAGCAUCUUCAUCGGCCUCACGCUCGCCGUGUCUGGCGAAGAAUUCACCGUCCUGUACAUCGUCCUCGUCUUCCACCAGUCCUUCGAGGGUCUUGGUCUCGGCUCCCGUCUAGCCGUUGCCCAUUGGCCGGAAGGCAAGGAGUGGAUGCCCUAUGUCCUUGGCACCGCAUAUGCUCUUUCGACCCCGAUCGCCAUUGCUAUCGGCAUUGGCGUUAGGCAGACCCUCGAGCCGGGUAGCCUGAUGACUUUGACUGUCAAUGGCGUCUUCGACUCCAUCUCUGCCGGUAUCCUGAUCUAUACCGGAUUGGUGGAGCUCAUGGCCCACGAGUUUAUGUUCAACACCGAGAUGCGCAAGAGCAGUAUCGGCAUGACCCUUUCGGCUUUCGGAUGCAUGUGUCUUGGCGCUGGAUUGAUGGCCCUGCUCGGCAAGUGGGCAUGA